CCAAACAGGACCACGGCUUGGCAAGACCUGAAAGGCGUCAUGUGACUCUGCAUCUGCUCUCAGUUGUGGCAAGAUAACCACGCAAUGAGGGAGAGAGGGAGCGAGGGGGAGAGUUGAGGAGGAGCUUGCAGCGAUAAGAUUCACUCCACGCGCCAUCAGCAUCUCAAACUUGCAGCCUCUCCAUCCAUCCUCAUCUCUCUCCGGCGCACACAACCCACUGGCGUUUUAUUUAGUUUCCUUUCUCUCCUCCCCCGUUGGAAGGUGCACAGGUGCAUCCCGCGGUUCAUACUCGCUCUGUGCUUAGUUGAUUAUGGUCACAACCCCCGCGGUGCCAAGGUGGAGUCACCCCGCGUAUCUCGGAUCGGUGCGCUUCUCCAGGGGCUGGGAUGCGCACCGGGCACCUCUCGCUUCCUGCCUAGUUUCGGGUCUGAGCAGGACUCAAGCGCGGCCCCAGGGCGCCGAGGAAGGAGGACCCAGUCGACCCGGAGCAGGAUGCCGGUGAUGAGAGGGCUGCUGGCCCCGCAAAACACCUUCCUGGACACCAUCGCCACACGCUUCGAUGGCACCCACAGCAACUUUGUGCUGGGAAACGCCCAGGUGCAGUCUCUCUAUCCCAUCGUCUACUGCUCCGACGGUUUCUGCGAGCUCACCGGUUACGCCCGAGCCGAGCUCAUGCAGAAGAGCUGCGCCUGUCACUUCCUGUACGGCCCGGAAACAAGUGACCGGUUGACGGCUCAGAUCCAAGGAGCCCUGGAUGAGAGGAGGGAGUUCAAGACCGAGCUGGUCUUCUACAAGAAGGAAGGUACACAGUUCUGGUGUCUUCUGGACAUUGUACCCAUUAAGAAUGAGAAGGGCGAGGUGGUUCUGUUCCUCGUGUCCCACAAAGACAUCACGGACAAGAAGAAGGACCAGGAUCCAGAGCAAGGACCCGACACAGAUGAAGAGACGGGUCUGGAGGUGCAUCAGGUAACUCGCCCUCCAGGCUUCAAUGCCAACCGGCGCCGCAGCAGAGCUGUUCUCUAUCACCUGUCGGGACACCUGCAGAAACAAGACAAGAGCAAGCUCAAGAUCAACAAUAACAUGUUCGGGGAGAAGCCUCCGAUCCCGGAGUACAAGGUAGCAGCCAUCCAGAAGUCUCGCUUCAUCCUGCUUCACUAUGGAACCUUCAAGGCCGGCUGGGAUUGGUUGAUCCUGCUGGCGACCUUCUAUGUGGCCGUCACUGUUCCCUAUAACGUGUGUUUCACAGUGGUGGGAGGGCGGGAUGAAGGGAGCAGCACGGCCCCACGGAGCCCGCCCAGCGUCAGUGACAUCCUCGUAGAGAUUCUGUUUAUUUUAGACAUACUGCUGAACUUUCGAACCACUUUUGUGAGCACGUCGGGUCAGGUCGUGUACGACGCCCGCUCCAUCUGCGUCCACUACGUCACCACAUGGCUCUUCGUCGACCUCAUCGCUGCCCUGCCCUUCGACCUGCUGUACGCUUUCAACGUCAGCGUGUACUUUGGGGUCCACCUGUUGAAGACGGUCCGGCUGCUGCGGUUACUGCGGCUGCUGCAGAAGCUGGAGCGAUACUCCCAGUACAGCGCUGUGGUUCUCACUCUGCUGAUGUCCAUGUUCGCCCUGUUGGCCCACUGGAUGGCGUGCGUCUGGUACUUCAUAGGCCGCAAAGAGAUCGAAAGUCCUGGCUCCUGGGAUAUUGGUUGGCUCCAUGAGCUGGCCAAGCGCCUGGGGACGCCCUACUUCCUGCCCACCCUCACAACGCUGGUCCCCACCACAGUCAGCAGCCUCCCGGCCAACAGCAGUCAGUGGAACGUGUCGGGGUCAGAGGUCGGGAAUCAGGGCUCCUGGAACUCCAGCCAGUAUUACGGAAACAUGUCUGGAGGCGAGGCCGUGUUGGGAAUGGGCACCGGCAGCGGGGUGCUGGGUGGCGGUCCGUCGAUGCGCAGCAGCUAUGUGACAUCACUGUACUUUGCUCUGAGCAGUCUCACCAGUGUGGGGUUUGGAAAUGUGUCAGCAAACACAGACUCUGAGAAGAUCUUCUCCAUCUGCACCAUGCUCAUAGGAGCGCUGAUGCAUGCAGUGGUGUUUGGUAACGUGACCGCCAUCAUCCAGAGGAUGUAUUCACGCCGCUCGCUGUACCACACCCGCACCAAGGACCUGAAGGACUUCAUCAGGGUCCAUCGGCUGCCCAAGGCCCUGGAGCAGCGCAUGCUGGAGUGUUUCCAGACCACGUGGUCGGUCAACAAUGGGAUAGACGUCAGUGAGCUACUGAAGGACUUCCCAGACGAGCUGAGGGCCGACAUCGCCAUGCACCUGAACAAGGAGCUGCUCCAGCUGCCCCUGUUCGAGUCAGCCAGCAGGGGCUGCCUGCGCUCCCUCUCCCUCAUCAUCAAGACCUCCUUCUGUGCUCCGGGCGAGUUCCUCAUCAGGCAGGGAGACGCCCUGCAGGCCAUCUACUUCGUCUGCUCAGGGUCCAUGGAGGUGCUGAAAGACAACACUGUGCUGGCCAUCCUGGGUAAAGGAGAUCUGAUUGGCUCAGACUCCCUCACGAAGGAGCAGGUGAUCAAGACCAACGCCAACGUCAAGGCCCUGACCUACUGCGACCUGCAGUACAUCAGCCUCAAGGGCCUCCGUGAGGUCCUCCGACUCUACCCCGAGUACGCCCAGAAGUUUGUUAGCGAGAUACAGCACGACCUCACGUAUAAUCUGCGAGAAGGCCACGGGGCUGACGUGGACUGGGAGAGUAACGGCGGCCUGGUGAAGAAGCUGCCAUCGAUCCGUGAGGACGAAGAGGGCGACGAGGAGCAGAACACAGUGUCCCGUGCUCCUCGCUCCCCGCUGCGUCUCAGCAGGGGGCUCAACUCUCCCCUGCGCUCUCCUCUGCUGCCACCCAGGCCGUUCCGUGCUCCCUCAGAGCAUUCCCGCCCCACCACCCUGCAGAUACCAGUGGUCAGCUUCAGCAGCGCGCCGCCUGAACUCAGCCCCAGAUUCGUGGACGGCAUCGAAACUGAGAGCAACUGCACAUCGUCACAGAAGUUUGAGUUCAGUCCCAGCAUGUCACCUGCAGCACCACCGUCCCCGUACCCAGGGAUCCGUGAGCACUCUGAGAUCAAGCAGAGUGUGUCUAAACUGACUGAGGAGAUGAACAGUCUCUCUAAACAAGUCUCCAAGCUCAGUCAGGAGUUGCAGGAAAUGACACGCCUGCUCAAGCCCCUCCUCCAAACAGCACCACAGCCAAUCCUGAUGACCAUGAUGCCAAAUCUAACCCCGCCUCCAAGCAGCGCCAGCCAGCUGUCCACAAGCACCUGCCUGGUGCUGCAGCCCCCCGCCACACCUUGCUCCCUCCAGAGACCUGAAACUCACUCCCUGUUGGACAGUGGAGACAUUGAGGGUGUGGACCUGCCAGGUUGCCUUCUCCCGACUCCUCAUUCACCGAAAAGGCCUAACUCAUCAUCUUCAGCUUUGCCCCAGGUCCCGUCCAAACCCCCAGGGUGCAACGUAACGGGCCCCACCCACUCCAACCCCUCCUCCCCAGAGGAGGCGCAUCCCGAGGGCCUCCGAAGCCUCAACGCUUCCUCCAGUAACGGGAUAUUUUUGCCCUCGCUGCAGGACCAGCCUCCCCUGGCCUCUCACACCCCGUCACCCUCUCUGUCCUUCUCCAUGUCUCUCUGCUCCUCGCCAUCUCUGUCCCCCUGCCAAGGCCCCCACCCGUCCCGACCUGGCAGCUGUGCCAGCAGAGGCCUGCUCCCCCCGCCACCCUCCCAGGACACCCCUCCUCCCCCGUCCUCCCACUGCUCAGCUCCCCCAUCGCUCACAUCUUCACCAGGAGACCAUCGGCUGAGGCCUUCCCCCUCCGUCCUUCUCGUCUCUCCCCCCGUCUCCCUCCACCCCUCCACCGUCUCCCUGCCCUUGUCUCUGGACUUUGUCAGUGCACAGGGAAGGCCGGGAGACAGCCAGACGCCACUUUGGUGUAACUCGCAGCUGCGCCGCGGGGAGGCCAGACCCGUCACUCAGCCACAGGAGCUGGAGAUGCAGGAGUGGGGACGACAGGUGGAGGAGAGCAAGUCCUCCACAGAGCACAUCAGCUUCAUCGACGAAGAGGAGCCAGCGUUAUGAACGAGUUGGAACUGAGUGAGAGAUGAUAAAAGAGCAGCAGAGAAUAAAAGAGAUGAAAAAAGGGGAACAAUGGAGAUCAGAUCAGGGAAAGUGACGGCUGCAUGAUGGAGUGAAGACUGACAGGGAAACAGACACCUGGUCCAUUUCACACAGGAAGUGAUGCUCAAAGGACAGACAGGAAACACACCUGGGAGGCCGACACGCAACGCCAGCUGUGAGCAAAUCAGUGUGAGGGAGUACUUUUCUACACUGAUCAACAACAACAGCACAACUUGUCUUACAGUAUCAACACGUCAGUAGCAUCAGUCGACCCCCGCAGCUACUGGGACACGCAGGACCAGAGCUUUUUAACCAGUUCCACUGAACUCUGGAGCCGAAUUUUUCCAGCUGACUUAAUGUUGCUUUUUAAACCCAGUAUGGAUGUCUCCUCCUCUUCAAAGGGCAGGUACAAACACACAUAUCUCAGCGGGACACAUCUUUAACAAAGCCAGAUAGUCGGAGCCACAGCACUGGGACUGGGAAUGUAAACUCUUCGUUCAGUCUCAGACAGAUCAGGUCACCUCUCCUGGAGAGCCAGUUCGUUUCAUCAGUGGGAUUAUUUUUUAAAGUAUCUUCCUCUGGGCUGGUGGAGGGAAGCUGACAUCAUCUUCAGAGUCAUACACACGGCCGUUACUCAUGUUCACAAAAAAAAAAAACAGAGAUGUUUGAAUUGGUUUUAACUUCUGACAGAAACUUUUUUUACCCCUAUAAAAUAAGUUUGAGGGAAGAAACCCGAUUUUAAACAGUCAGGACGCUGUGUGAAUAAAAACAGAAUGCAACGUAUAUUUAAUUGGAUACAGUACAAAGAUAUUUAAUGUUCAAACUGAUAAACUUAUUCUGAAUUUUAUACCUGCAACACUUUCCAAAACCUUUUCACCUUUUCUUUGGAACCGAGGACACCAGUUGUUGAAGUUUUGAAAGUGAAAUUUCUCAAGCAGGCCCCCAAAAAUCUUGAAGACUGACAGACUGUGGAAGAAAAUCCCGUGUGAACACUGUGAGAGAUUAGUUUCUUCUUACAGGAAUCGUCUUGAGGCGUACAUCGCAAACAAAAGUAUUAUAUAAAUUGUAUUUAGUGUUUUCACUACUUUUUCCUGGUGUCAUUCCACAUUACGCACAUAAUUUUUCGGGAUUGAAAUGUUAGGAUUUCUUUAUUAGUGUAGUUUUAUAGGGUUAAAAGAAUACUGCACUUGCAAAAUGACCAUUUGUGAGUAAGUUACCGUGCGUUAGGUUAAAUCUGUGAAGAAAAGUUUGUCCUUCCUGUGCGUCAAAGUGAACGUAGAAUCCAAUCCAAUACUCGCCAUGAAAUUAAGUGAACACAGGCCGCAUUUAACAAAAGCAAAGCUACAUCAAAACAUCUGUUUACAAACUCUCACAACACUUGCAGUAUAAUCCCAGUCCCAUUUAUGCAGUCACAUGCAUUUUCACUAAAACAUUUUACUUUAAAAAAAACUUCCAGCUACACAUAGCACACACGUGUGCAUAUGAGCUGCGCUGGAGCAGAGUUCAAACGCAUGCCUAGGCAGGCUACUCAGCCAUCCAGCCUGGUGUGGCUACACAUUUUGACAGAUAAAGGCCUGUCUCGAUUAGAGGCCUGGUCUGGUUCCCACGCAGUUCUUUUUUUUUAAUUAUAAAAAGAUGUAUAAAAGCGGGUUGUUGGCUACCUCAAAUUAUGUGUCCAUUCCUUGAUUACCCUGUGAGUUAUCAUAUUUCUUUGGUCCAUAAGGGUCCUCAGAUCAAAAGAUAAAUCCAAGUUGUGAGGGUUGUUUAACAGGAUAAAGUGGUGACGUAACUCACUCUCUGAUGCUCUGUCUGUCGGAGUUUUUAUCUGAAGCCUAAUUUCAUACAAGUAAUAUUCAUACUGGUUUCAAUAAACAGUUUGAUUGUAUUUCCUGAUCUUUGCUGAGCACCAGUUUUGUGUGAGAGGAAUUAAAGGCCUGUCUCAAAUACAGGCCUGUUGAGUUCAGUGAUUUAAGCAAAUAAUAGCCCGGGCUAUUAAUUCAAGUUUUACAUUUUUUUAUCAAAAUGUAUGUGUUUGGAAAGUACUGACCACAUAAAUCAAACGAGUUGUGUGAGAGUUUGUAAACCGAUGUUUUGAUGUAGUUUUGCUGAUGUUGAACUCAGCCCCCAUUUACCUCAAUUCAUGAAGAAUGUUCGCUUUGUUUGGAUUCAUCGUUCACCAUGUAGGCAUUCAAGAUAAAGCUAUUGUCACUAAUUCGACGUAACACGCAGUGAGUAACUGAUAUGCAGACGGUCAUUUUACACGUUAUGUGAACAGCUGCAAAAUAUGUUUAAUGAAAACAAAUUGGAUGUGUUGAAUUCUCAUUUUGAAAGGGAUUUGCAGAUCUUUGCAUUCUGUUUUUAUUUCACACAGCGUCCCAAUAUUUUAGCAAGUGGGUUUGUACACAGUCGGGUCAGCAGAUGAGCAUGUCGAGGAGCAGCUUCUAUUAAAGUGCGAACCGUAGAUUGUAUAAUAAAGAUGGACGACGUGACAGCUCCUCAAAAGUGAAGCCAAAACAUAUUGUUCGGCCCCUGGUGGCUGGCUGCAGUAUAACUUAUAAACCCCACCCUGUCCAUGUUAGCAGCAGGGACAUGGGCCAAACUAAAAACUCAAAGUACACAUCAAAUACAUUUUUUCCGAAGAUGGUUUCUGACAUUUUAGUUAGUUUUCAUCACGCUGAUGUUUGUUGAAGUGCUCACCUCUCUGAUAAGUUUUGGUUUUAACGAUACCUUUUUUUUUUCUUUUUUUAAAUUUGAGGCUAUAUAAAGGGGGUUUGACAUCAUGAUUGAUCAGUUUUGCUGUUCGUUAUUGGUCGGUAACACGAAACUGCCAUAGUAUUCGAUGCACCAAAUAUUUUGGCUUCACUUUUGUACAGUGGGACGAAGUGGAGACCCGUCGUCCAUCUUUAUUCACAGUCACUGGUGUGAACUUUAAGCGGUUGUGACGUGUGCCAAAGACAAAAAGUAAGACUGAUGGAAAACUUGGCGGAAACACAAACAUCAUAAACAGCACCCAUCACCAUCAUGACUGUUUACAAACAGCCAAUCAGAUUGUAUAGCAAACUCCCACAUCACUCCUGAGCUUUAGCCAUCCAGCCAUUCGUGCCUUCUUCAUGAAAAGUUCCCUAAAAUCCUCCACCUGUUAAUCACAGGCAGCAUUUGGAUCAAAAUUUACACAGAAAGCCAUCAGAGUCACCUUCAGAGAACACGUGCACCUUUAUCUAAAAUGUUAUUUAUUUAUUUAUUUAUUUAGGCUGUGAAUUUAUUUAUUUUGUGGAGCAAAGCAACGAGGGAAACUUAUUUUCAGUGGGAAGGUUGUGACGAGUGUUUGCCAUCUAACUGCACAUUAACACUCCAGACUGUCACCUUCCUGAUUCUUAUGUAGCACACAUGCAUUGACACAUUCAUCAUCAUCAUCAUCUUCACCCCCCCAACCUCGCCAACCACUGAGCUUUAUGCUGGGACGAGACAACAGCCUAACCCUAAAACUCCAAUACCCAGGCUGCAUUGCUACGGAGGUCUCAGGACUUCUUUUUGCUUUGGUGAGGUGCUUUGUGCGCCGCGUUACUUGUAAUAUAGACAGUCAGAUUUCUGGUUUCUAUUUUCUGUAACGGGAGCAGGGGAGGGACGACCUGGACUCUUUACACACACAGAUUCACUGAGCAGAACUCCCACUGAUGUCCAUGGAGUUCAGAUCCUGCGGGUUGCUCUGGGGUGGGGGUGGGAGGGUCUUGGGUACACAAAAGGGUUUUAAAUGCAUGUCACAGCUUUUUUUUGCAUGAGGAAUGUGCCUGCUUUGGAGCUGUCCAGGGCGGAGGGCUGACGGGAGACGACAAACUGCCCCGCCCGACUGGAGGCUGUUGGGUUUCAGAUGUUUUAUUAAAGACUGCUGUUACAUUAAAAAAAAGAACUUUACCAGGAUUACAUACUGUACAACAAUAAAGAAGUGUUGUUUUGUAACAUGUUGGACUCCUGUGCUACUCUGGGAACCAUUAGCCCCAGUUUGAGUCACAGAGGUGAGCGUCCUGUCUGAAAAAUAAAUACUGAGGAUGACUGGGAAACCUAGAAGGACACUUAACAAUACUAACUGCUGAUCUGGAGAUAGUUUCAGAGUUGUUAAAGGAAUAGUUCAGAUUUUUUGGAGUGCUGUUGUAUGGGACACUUAUCUAUAGAAAGAAUAUUACAUACAGUAGAUGUCAGUGGACGGAUGGAGUCUGACAUGGAAGCUGCUGUGGAGAGGUCAGCAACAAAAACCUUUAGCCACCUAAAAAGAUCAAUUUCAGUGUUACUGUGUGCGCUAUAUUUAGAAUAUUUUCACUGCUUUACCUUGAUGUCAAACAGUGAUUUCCCACUGGAAAAUGAAGCCGUAAUAUCGCUCUCUUCAAAGCCAGACUCCAUUGAGGAAAACAGUAAUUUUACCUCACUGAACACAGGAGCUGCUGGUCGACUGCUGCCUCCAUCAGUUAGUUUGUUUGUCUCAUUGUGUGACUUUUGCAUUUAAAGGGUUAGUUCAGAGUCAACAAAGUCAUGUAUUAACAUAAACUAACAAACUAAUCGAGGCUGCAGUAGACCAGCAGCUCCUGUGUUCAGUGUGCUAAAAUUACUGUUUUUCUCAAUGGAGUCUGGCUUUGACGAGAGCAAAGAUGAAAAACUGAAGCCAUUAACAGCUUCCCUGUUAGAACAAGCUGUCUGACAGAAAGGUAAAGCAGUGAAAUAACUCUCAAUAUAGCAUACACUUAAACUGAUACUGAUAUUUUUAGGUGGCUAAAAAAACAUUUUGUUGCUGACCCCUCCACAGCAGCACAUUGCUUAACCUCCAUGUCAGUAUUCCAGCCUGCUUCUCCAAACUGAAGGUGUGCCGACUGACAUCUACUUUAGGUAUUACACUGACUGUGGAUAAGCACCCAAUGCAACCCCACCUCAAAAAAUCCGAACUCUUUAGUAAGUCUAACCAUCUGGAUGAAAUUAUAUUCUGUCUGCAAGACUAAUAUGUUUUCCUGUUUCACAAGUUGCGUCGGCUGUUUGUGAUCCAGGUGAUCCUCACUCUUUUUGUAAAAUGCAAGAAAAAUGCAUUUUUUAUUUUAAAAUGAAACACAUAGAAAGAGGCAAUAGAAACAAAUGUAACUGAUAACAUUUUAAAAUGUUUGUUCAUGUUGCAUAGAUGCAUAAAAGACAUUAUUUUUAGAUACUGUCUCUGUCUGGAAGGAAACAGAGUCAGAAAAAGGUCAGAAAUCUUUUUCCGUCCUGCAGCAGACACAGUAUUUUUAUCCAGUUUGUUAGAGAAGUGUUGUGUUAGUUGAAACUAUCCUCAGCACAGCAGGAAGUGUUGUUAAAAAAAGCCUCUGGGUUCUUCAGACAUCACUACGAAUUUACUUUUCAAAGAAACUGAUAAUUACCUCUGUGACUCAGACUCAGUGGGGAAACACAAGUUCACUGUUCUUGCAUUAACUGUAUUUGUGCUUCCUUUACACCGCGGAGAGAAAUGUAUUCUGUGCUACAUGUGACUGCAGCACUAAACACAUGAAGCAACCAGGGCUGCACCGAUGUGGAUCUGAUAUUAGCAUCACACACAGCUGGAUCAGGUACCAGACACUGUGGGACCAAUCCAUUAUCAGUUCAUUGUAUUAAUCUCAUUACACGUGUGUACAUCAUGUGUCAGGAGCGCGCCAACAGAUCGCAUUUUGUUCUGCUUUUAUGCAGUUGAAUUUGUUCAUUUCAAGGUUUACACUUGAACUGUCGUUGCAGGAUAUGUCCACGUAAGUAUCUGAAACAUACCUUGAAGGGUUCAUUCAAAUCGACCCCUGGUAUAUAGUGUGGUAGAACACAUAUCAGAUAUUGUCUAAUCAUUACAAAACCACAGGAUAUGUUUCAUAACCAUGUGUGUUUUGAAAUCAGUUAACAGGGGGCGCCAUCAGUUCCAAACAAGUGCACUGGCCUUUCGUAGAAUUUGGUCAUAAAUCAAUGACAGUUUGUCCAAACGUCACCAAACCUGGUGGAUAUUUUUAUUUGAGCUGUUAACGCCUAUCCCCAAAACAUUUCUGCAACUGACCCACAGAGGGCGACAGUGUACCAAAGAAAAGCAUGACCCGCAGAGAUUUGGACAUGAAUGAAUGAACAUAUCCUGCUGAGACCCUGCGUCCUCCUUUGAGGACACCACAUUUUGGGUUUACUGGACCUUAUACUUUAUUCUGCUUAAUUUAGACCUGUUGUCCUCGUUCGUGGACACUUUUUUGUGCCAUCUAGUGGUGGGAAGAGCACAGUACACAAAAGUGGACAACGUCCAAAACCUGAUCAAAUUUAAUAAUUAAUGUUUGUAGCUCGAUAUGCCAAACACUUAACCAAUUUUAGAAACAGUGACAAGCGCAGGCACUGUUAAUGUAAAAGUGCUCGUUUGAAGACAUUGGGAAUUUAUUUUCAUUGAGAAUGUUUUGUUUUUUUAACCAAACAAAAUUCCAGGUCUCAGGAGGAUAUACCUGAUUGUCAUAAAACAUUUUAGCUAUCUGUCAUACAGGUAUUGUAAACUGUCAGAGGUCUUGAUCUUUUGCAGCUCCAUGAUGGCUUAAACCCGCUCGCUGCUAUAUUUAAACACUGGUCUUGGAUUGGUGCACACCAUCUGCUGAUACCUAAAGCCUCGGUGCAUCCCUGGAGGCAGCCCCACAGCCCUCUGCUUUAAAGGGAUAGUGCACCCAAAUAUGAAAAUUCAGCCAUUAUCUACUCACCCAUAUGCCGAGGGAGGCUCAGGUGACGUUUUAGAGUCCUCACAUCACUUGCGGAGAUCCAAGGGGAGAGGAGGUAGCAACACAACUCCUGAGUAGAUAAUGG